AUGGAAGAGACAGGAACACCUGAGUUCAGUGUUUUGGAUGGACCACUGUGCAGUGUGGGCUGCCCUCAGACUGAGUGGGAGUGGGUUGGCCCACUGCAUGACCCCCUGACUGUGAUCGAACAGUGCAUUUGCUCAUACUGGGACCAGUCUGCGUCAUCAGGAGACUCCUCCUGUCCCCAGUGUGGAGAAAGAUCCAGAAGCAGAGCUGGACUGCAGACAGCCAGUCAGAGCAGCUGUGUACAAACAGAUGUUGGUCUGCAGGAGGUUUUAGAUGAACAUAAGAUCAGUCUGAGGAGGAGAUGUGAACGUGUGACUGAAGGAAGUGAUGAAACAGGAAGUAGAACCCUCCUCAACAGGAUCUACACUGAGCUCUACAUCACAGAGGGACAGAGUGAAGAGGUUCAUACCCAACAUGAGGUGAGGCAGCUGGAGACAGCUUCCAAGAUGGACGCCCUCCAUGACGCUCCAAUCAGGUGCCAGGACAUCUUUAAAGCCUUACCUGACCAACAGAGACCCAUCAGAGUGGUUCUGACCAACGGCGUGGCUGGUGUUGGAAAAACCUUCUCAGUGCAGAAGUUCACUCUGGACUGGGCAGAGGGCUUGGAGAACCAACAUGUCAGUGUGGUGGUUCUGCUUUCAUUCAGGGAGCUGAACCUGAUCAGAGAUGAGCAGUACAGUCUUCUGGAGCUGCUCCAUGUUUUCCAUCCAACAUUACAGAAGGUCACAGCAGAGAAGCUGGCUGUCUCUCAGCUUUUGUUCAUCUUUGACGGCCUGGAUGAAAGCAGACUUUCAUUGGAUUUCACCAACAGGAAGCUGCUGUCUGAUGUCACACAGAAGUCAUCAGUCAGCCAGCUGCUGACAAACCUCAUCCAGGGGAAUCUGCUUCCCUCAGCUCUCGUCUGGAUAACUUCCCGACCUGCAGCAGCCAAUCAGAUCCCUCCUACAUGUGUUGACAGGCUGACAGAAGCACGAGGCUUCACUGACGCCCAGAAGGAGGAGUACUUCAGGAGGAGAUUCAGUGAUGAAGAGCUGUCCAGCAGAAUCAUCUCCCACAUGAAGACAUCCAGGAGCCUCCACAUCAUGUGUAGUAUCCCAGUCUUCUGCUGGAUCACUGCUACAGUUCUGGAGCACAUGUUGACUACAGAGCAGAGAGGAGAGCUGCCCAAGACCCUGACUGACAUGUACUCACACUUCCUGCUGGUUCAGACAAAGAGGAAGAAGAACAAGUACCAUGAGGGACAUGAGACGAGUCCACAGGAGCUGACGGAGGCUGACAGGGAAGUUCUUCUGAAGCUGGGGCGGCUGGCGUUUGAACAUCUGGAGAAAGGAAACAUCAUGUUCUACCAAGAAGACCUGGAGCAGUGUGGUCUGGAUGUGACAGAGGCCUCGGUGUACUCAGGAGUUUGUACAGAGAUCUUCAAAAGAGAGUGUGUGAUCUUCCAGAAACCAGUCUACUGCUUUGUUCAUCUGAGCAUUCAGGAGUUUCUGGCUGCUGUCUGCAUGUUCAACUGUUUCACCAACAGGAAGACGGAGGUGCUGAAGAACUUCCUGGAAAAUAAUCCACUUGAUCCUUACUAUUACUUUUCAUUUUCAGAUGAUUUGUUGAGGAGAACCAUAAACAAAUCCCUCCAGAGUAAAAAUGGCCACCUGGACCUGUUUGUUCGCUUCCUUCAUGGCCUCUGUCUGGAGUCCAACCAGAGACUCUUAGGAGGUCUGCUGGGUCAGACAGAGAUCAGUCCAGGAACCAUCCAGAGAGUCAUCAACAACCUGAAGGAGAUGAACAGUGAUGAAAUCUCUCCUGACAGAAGCAUCAACAACUUCCACUGUCUGAUGGAGAUGAACGACCUCUCAGUACAUCAGGAGAUCCAAGAGUUCCUGAAGUCAGAGAACAGAUCAGAGAAGAAACUCUCUGAGAUCCAGUGCUCAGCUCUGGCCUUCAUGCUGCAGAUGUCAGAGGAGGUUCUGGAUGAGUUGGACCUGCAGAAGUACAACACAUCAGAGCGGGGACGACUGAGACUGAUUCCAGCUGUGAGGAACUGCAGAAAGGCUCGGUGA